AUGGAGUCGUUUCAAGAAAACAGGGUGAAUCAGCCAUUGUUGGAGUCGAAAGAACCAGCACGGCAGGUGGCUGGGGAGCAGAUUAGUUCUGAGCUUGAGGAUAUGCUAUCGAACACCAGCUUGUCGUGGUGGCGCCGCCUGAAAAAAGCCAUCUGGAUUGAGAUGAAGACUCUCUACAUCCUUGCAGCUCCUGCGGUUAUAGUUUACUUGCUUAACAAUAUUACCUCAGUGUCCACGCAGAUUUUCUGUGGCCAUCUUGGCAAUCUUGAACUUGCUGCUGCUUCUCUUGGAAAUAACGGCGUUCAACUUCUGGCCUAUGGAAUCAUGCUAGGAAUGGGAAGUGCUGUAGAAACGUUGUGUGGGCAGGCAUAUGGAGCUCACAAAUACGAAUUGCUUGGAGUAUACAUGCAAAGAUCAACAAUCCUCCUGAUGGUAACAGGGCUACCAUUGAUGCUAAUUUAUAUUUUCUCCAAACCAAUUUUGCUCUUACUAGGUGAAUCAAAAAGCCUUGCAUCUGCAGCAGCUGUGUUUAUCUAUGGCCUAAUCCCUCAGAUUUUCGCGUACGCUGCAAAUUUUCCUAUACAAAAGUUUUUGCAGUCACAAAGUAUAGUAAAUCCCAGUGCAUAUAUAGCAGCAGCUACACUGGUACUGCAUAUACUAUUAACAUGGCUGGCAGUGUUUGUGUUCGGAUGGGGAUUGCUUGGUGCAGCAUUGGUGUUGAGUUUAUCGUGGUGGAUUAUAGUAGUGGGACAAUUUGUGUACAUUUUAUAUUCUGACAAGUGCAAAGCUACAUGGACUGGAUUCAGUUGGAUGGCAUUUUCUGGACUGUGGGAUUUUUUGAAGUUGUCUACUUCCUCUGCUGUUAUGCUGUGCCUCGAGACUUGGUACUUUCAGAUUUUAAUUCUUAUUGCUGGUUUGCUUCCCAAUCCUGAAAUUGUAUUGGACUCCCUGUCUGUUUGUGUCACGUACCUUGGAUGGGUAUUUAUGAUAUCAGUGGGUUUCAAUGCUGCUGCAAGUGUAAGGGUUAGCAAUGAGCUUGGAGCUGGACAUCCCAAAUCAGCAGCAUUUUCUGUCGUGGUGGUGACAAUGAACUCCUUCGUAUUAGCAGUAUUUUUUGCCAUUUUGUCACUUUUUCUGCGCCAUCAAUUAAGUUAUAUCUUCACCGGCGGAAAAACAGUUUCUGAUGCAGUAUCAGACCUCACACCACUUAUGGCCAUCUCCAUUGUUCUUAAUGGAAUUCAACCUGUUUUGUCUGGUGUUGCCGUUGGAUGUGGAUGGCAAACUUUUGUUGCGUACGUUAACGUUGGAUGUUACUAUGUGAUUGGCAUUCCAUUGGGUUCAGUUCUUGGAUUUAAAUUCAAACUUGGGGCAAAGGGAAUAUGGUCGGGAAUGCUCGGAGGUACAGCCUUGCAGACUAUAAUCUUAUUAUGGGUCACCAUUCGGACGGACUGGAAUAAAGAGGUGGAGAACGCAAGGAGGCGGUUGCAAAAUUGGGAAGACGGAAAAGAAGAAGUUAAGUCGAAUGAUUAA